ACACCUUCUUGUGUACUUGUCAUCUCUGUGUUGAAAUAACAAAUCAGAAACCAAAGAAAAGUGAAGCUUCUUCUUCUUCAUCAUCACCUUCAUCUUCACACCACCACACCCUCUUCAACUCCCUAAUAAUCAUUCCCACCUUCUCCCCAAAGCAACCCUCUUUACCAAACCCACCUCCUCCUUCUCUCUAAAUAUCAACUCCCCAUUUCCCCAUUUUUAUAUUCUCCUUCAUUUUUUUUCCUUUUGGAUUCUCCUCAUUAGCAAAAAUGGCUCGCUUGUUCCGAUCCAAAUCUUGCGGGCUCAUCGAGUUCAAGGUUCCUCCUCCGACCCGGUUCAACCAUGAAGACGAAACAGAGAGAGAAGAAGAGGUGGAAGAAGAAGAAGAAGAAGAAGAAGAAGAUGAUGAUGAUGAUGAAGGAGGGUCUGAGUUUGAUGAAUACGAAGAAGAUUCGUGUAAAGUGUCGACCCCAUUUCUGAGUCCGAUGAGGAGAGCCGGUGGGGCUCAUAAAGGUCGGAACUUUAAUACAGGACAGACCAACAACCAGUUUGCGAUUCUGGAUAUUCUGCUGGGUGCUCUGAGGAAGUCUCUGAUCACUUGCAGUGUGGAGAGGGAUGACGUGGCGUCCUCCAUUGAUAUUAGCUCACCUACGGAGGUGAGGCAUGUUUCUCAUGUCACCUUUGAUAGGUUUAAUGGGUUUCUGGGUUUGCCUACUGAGCUUGAGCCUGAGGUUCCCAGGAAGGCACCUAGUGCUAGUGCUAGUGUGUUUGGGGUCUCCGCAAAGUCAAUGCAGUGUUCUUAUGAUGAUAGAGGAAACAGUGUGCCAACAAUACUUCUUAUGAUGCAAAAGCGAUUGUACUCAGGAGGAGGCCUUAAAGCAGAAGGAAUAUUCAGAAUAAAUGCGGAAAAUACUCAAGAAGAGCGUCUUCGGAGCCAAUUAAAUAGUGGUGUAGUUCCUGAUGGAAUUGAUGUUCAUUGCUUGGCGGGUUUAAUAAAGGCAUGGUUUAGAGAGCUUCCAACACGAGUACUUGAUUCUCUUACACCAGAGCAGGUGAUGCGGUGCAACACAGAAGAUGACUGCACAGUACUUAUGCAGUCACUUCCUGCGACGGAAGCGUCACUGCUUGAUUGGGCCCUUAAUUUGAUGGCAGAUGUUGCGCAGAAUGAACAACGCAAUAAGAUGAAUGCACGCAACAUUGCUAUGGUUUUUGCUCCUAAUAUGACAGAGAUGGCAGAUCCUUUAACAGCAUUGCUACAUGCAGUGCAAGUUAUGAAUUUCGUCAAGACACUAAUCGUAAAGAUCCUGCGUGAAAGAGAGGAAUCAGCUGCUGCUGAGGCUUCACAGAGCUUUUCAUGCUCAAAAUCUCUCAACUAUAAUAGUGAUCUUCCUUGUUCCAUUAUGGGACAUGUUAAGGACAACUCAUUGAGGGCCAUCAUUAUGGACAGCCCUGAAGUCUGCAUUGACGCUAAACUAUGGUGCGCUCCUGCAAUGAGUGACGAGGAAGAGGAAAUCGAAUCCAAUUCCAAUAGUAACCCAUCUUGCAAGGAUGAACUGGAAACUGUUUGUAGAUCAGGUGGAUAUGAAGCCGGAGACUGGUUAAGCUUGAGGAAAGGAGUGCGGAAGCUGUGCAGCCACCCGGUGUUUCAGUUGAGUAAGCCGGCUAAGAAAACUGCAAAUGUUGGGAUUGUAAAUACUAGGGGAGGAGGUGGAGAAGCUUGGGCAUAGAAAUGGGAAAGCUGGGAAAGUAUUUGUAUUUGUUCAUAUGUUUGUGGUUUGUGCAAAACAUUCUAUUAGUAUAGAUAUGAGGGUUUUGGUUGAUUCUCUAGUCAGAUAUAAAAUGUUUGGAAGGAACUAACUAGAGGGGUUUAGUAAAAUAGUGGAACUCUUUCAAGGACAACCUUGCACCAUUUAAUUCGUAACUGUGUGUGUUAAUGAUAACAGUGAUGGAAGAUUUUGAUUGAA